UUGCACAGGUGGCAACCUAUCAAGGUACCACACUUGAAUUCACUCCUGAGAGUGACCCAUUCCUUCACAAAUCAGUGCCACCUGUCAGUGUCCAUCAAUGCCAGCUGUCAGUGCUCAUCAAUGCCACCUGCCAGUGCCCAUCAGUGCCUCAUCAAUGCCACAUAUCAGUGCCUACCAGUGCACAUCAAUGCCACAUAUCAGUGUUCAUCUGAGCUGCCUUUCAGUGCCACCAAUCAGUGCUGCCAGUCAGUGCCGCCUAUCAGUGCCAGUCAGUGCCGCCUAUCAGUGCCCAUCAGUGAUGCCUAUCAGUGCCGCCUAACAGUGCCAGUCAAUGCCACCUAACAGUGUCAGUCAGUGCCGCCUAUCGGUGCCAUAUAUGAGUGCUGCCUUUUAGUGCCCAUCAGUG